AUGAACCCUCAGCGGGACACAAUACAAAUAAUCACCCCAUCUCUUCUGCGUGCCCGUCACUUUGGGUUUGUACUUGAGAGCGGUGUGAAGUGCAUCAUUAUUCAAGAUGAGAAUGCCAAAAUUCCUGCGGCCGCGAUGAAUAUUUGCGCUGGGCAACUCAACGACCCGGAACAUCUCCCCGGUCUGGCACACUUCUGUGAGCAUAUGCUGUUUAAUGGCACCGCCAGGUACCCCGGGGAAGACGAGUUUGAUGCCUACAUUGCCAAGAAUGGAGGCCACCACAAUGCCUGGACGGCAGCGGGAGCUACGACGUACUAUUUCACCGUGGCGCAGGAUGCGUUAGAGGGGGCGCUGGAACGUUUUGUUGAGUUUUUCGUUGCUCCGAGUUUCACCCCGAGUGCCCUGUCGCGGGAGGUCAAGGCGGUGCACAGUGAGGACGAAAAGAACCACAGCGUGGAUCCUUGGCGUAUCGACGAGCUCGAGCGCACCCUUUUUGAUCCCCGACACCCACGCCACCGAUACGGCAGCGGCAACAUCACAACGCUAUGGGAAGAGCCCCGGGCGAAGAAUGUGGACAUCAGGGUCGAGCUGUUGAAGUUUUUUGAAACGUAUUACGUAUCGGAGGCGGCUUGCCUGGCGGUGUACAGUGCUCUGCCACCUGAGACGGUUCUUCGCAUUAUUGAGGCUCCAUUGGCAAAGAUGCGCGUGGGGGCAACUUCUCCCCAGUGCUUCCUGCCCCUCGAAGACCUGCUCUUCGCCCCUGAGACGAGGGGAUUGUGGCUUAAUAUUCGGUCCCUCACGAGGAUGAGAACGUUGCGUGUUCUUUGGCCCGUCAAGUCCUCUGCCACCUUGUGGCGGUCAAUGCCGAGCAAAUACGUAUCCCAUGUUCUCGGACACGAGUGUGGUUCUUCGGUCAUUGGCGUCCUCCGCCGCGAGCAUCUGGCCACCGCGAUGGUUGUUGGCCCAAAUCAGGUUGAUGAUGAUCACGACGUACUUUAUGUGGACAUUGAGCUGACGAUGCACGGCUUCAGACGCAUCCUAGAUGUGAUUGGUAUCUUGUAUCAGGGAAUUGGCCAGGCCGCCCGCGUAGACAGUGCGGUCUAUGCUCAAAUGAAAGCGGAAGAUAAACUCACCUUUGAGUCAUCAGACAUAUCCAACGCUGUGGAUCACUGUGUCGCUCUGACGGACUCGGCUAAUAAAACGGAUUUGCCGCACUGCUGGAUCGCUAGAGAGAUGCUGCUCACUGACGACAUUGCCGCUGCGGAGGCGUACGCGGCACAACUGACACCUGAAAACGGCAUUGUAAUGCUGGUGUGGGGGGAUAUGCCCUGCGACGAUGCGGAGGCAUCUUUCGACUCCGCCAAUGAAGAAAAGGACACUGACGAAGACGAUUGUGAGAAGGCGCAGGAGGAAGAAUCAGAAGAGGAGGCAAGUAGCGAGGCAAAGUUGGAUUUGUUUCACAGCCUGCCUGAGUUCGCGCAAGUCGCCUGCAACUCUACCACACGCUUUCACAAGGCAAAAUUUGUCAGGUGUCGCAUUCCUACUGAAGUACUCGCAGGCUGGGCUGCCAAUCGCCGCGGGCCGUGGCACCCCGCGCUGGCGCUACCGCCCACCAACCCGUUUCUCGCGACGGAUUUCACACUGCACGUGAGCGAUGGCAGCCACGCCACUGUCGAUAAGUUUUACACUCCGUAUGGGGUGACGCUGGUGCGGCGGGACGCAGGGCGCCACAGGUCGUUCAAAACGUCAAUCCUUUGGAAUUGGAUCUCCCCCUGUUCCUACGCCUCGCCAAAGAACCGAUACUACAUGCGUGUUCUGAAGUCCAUCUUGAGUGACGCCCUCGCUGAGAUGAGCUAUGUUGGGAUGCUGGCAGCGAUUAAAAAUGAAAUUGAACUGCACACUGGGGGCCUUCUUUUUAGGGCUACAGGACCACAGCACCGCAUUGUGGAGUUUGCCCUUGCCAUCUUGGAGAAGUCCUUUACCCUCACUAUUCUGUCUGCUUCCGUGGAAAGGUACGACAACUACGCCGAAAUGGAACUCCGAAAGCUUCAGAGCCUUAAAUCCAGACAACCGUACAUGAUGGCAGGCGAUCGAUUCAGGAAAGCAGCGUGUGUCAUGUUAUACACCUUUGAGGAGUUGAUUGAGGCCGCCGCCUACGCGUCGUAUGCGGACUACCAAGCGUUUGUCAGGGAGUACCUGGCGAGUGGCGUCUUCCUUGAGUGUUGCGUUGCCGGAAAUGUACCCUCGGUAGAGUACGUUCAGCAUCACCUAAUUGAAGGUGCACAGGAGCUGCUCUCGCGCUUGCAUGUUCCACCCGCUUGCAGGGAAAGCAUCCCGCAAUACCGUGACACAUACGCCUUUCCUCUUGUCUCUCCGCCGCUGCCUGACCCACUCGUGGACGUGUUGACUUACCCUCCCUUUGAUGCAACCAACCCCAACGUCGCGGUGCUGUUUGACAUUUAUCUUGGCGAAGAGACCCCACUUCUCCGCGCCCUGUCGGACUGCACGGGUCAGCUGAUCUCUUCCAGUUUUUUUGCCGCUCUUCGCACGAGGGAGGCUCUCGGGUAUGUUGUUUUUUCAGCGUCCUUGCGGUUGGAGGGCACGGCACACCUGCAGUUUGUCGCCCAAAGCGCCGUGGAAGGCGUUAAUGGGGUGUACCUUCUUUCACGCGUCAUCGCCUUUUUGGCGGCGGUGGAGGAGGGGCUGGAGGUGGUGUGUGAAGAGGCAGAGGUGAAAACGGUUGUGAACGGCCUCAUUGAGCGACGCCGGAGGCUACCCAACUCCGUGGAGGACGACGCCGCCGAUCUCCUCAACCGUCACCUGCACCCCGUGGACUUUACAUACAAGGAACUGGAGAUUGAGGAGCUGAAGCAGCUGGACGCCGCAAAGGUGAAGGAUUUUUUUCGCACCCAUGUUUCCAAUUCGAGCACCGUUCGACGUGCACUGGCUGUUGUGGUUCACAGUGCGGCGACGGUUGAGAACGAUGCCCUUGACGCUGCUAAUGGGAAGUGCCACACUCUUGUUCUUCCCCCGCGGCGCCCCGAUGAGGGGGGCGUGGAGAAAGACGGCGGGCCAACGGAGUUUAUUCUCCAGUUGCCUGACUUUGUGGCAGCACCGAUGUCUAUAGCCGUCAAAAAACACGUCUCACCUGAAGAGUUCCACCGCGACUUCACGGUUGUUAGAGGUAAGCCCUUUUAG